UGUUGGGGUGGUGCUGGAGAUGAUGACUAUGAAGUUGGAGAAUGGUGACGUUUCCCAUUAAGGAAGUUGACUUCAUGGAAAUCAAAUGUAGCCUAAUAUAAAUCAUAUUGUGUGCAUUUUAUCAUCCAGUAGGCCUCGUAUGGUGUGCAAACAAAUGUGAACUCACGUCUACAUUACAGUGGAGGCAGGCAGGCUAUGGGCUAUUUAGGCCUUCUGACCUGAUCAGGAUACCAUUUGUCUGUUGAGCGUCUGUUUGUAAUAAAGGGCACAGUUCUGCAGACUACUUUGCAUAGCUUUACCUCUCCCACUCCGCUUCCUCCACACGAGGACGAUCCUCCCCCUUUCUCACUAUAAACACACCCAUUGAUUUUACGAAGGGAAGACCCGACUCAACGGAGCGCACGGUAUGCACUAUCGACAUAGAACUCCUAUAGGAUCAGAAGCAAGUCUGGAGUCAGUCCGCGAGCGCAACCCUUUAUCUUUAUUCCUUCAAACUGGACGGAACGACGAAUGUUGAACUGGAGAUCUCAUCACUGAACGACACAUGUGGAUGAGUCGAGUCCAUUGACAUCUAUAUAGGGAUAGAAAUAUUGUCCAGAUCCUUUCCAAAUAAGGCUAUUCCUUUUUGAGGAACCAAAGACGCGCAUUCUCCCAAGCACAGGUGGCUUGCUUGAACCAGCAUCGUGGCUACUCUUCCAGCAGUGGCAUGUUCGAGGGAUAAAGCAGACACAAUUGAACUCCUACUUUCACCCAAAGAGGAUUCAAUGAAAAUGUCUGUGUGCGUCCAUGAGAACCGCAAGUCGCGUGCCAGCACCGGCUCCAUGAACAUCUACCUGUUCCACAAGUCGUCGUACGCCGACAGCGUCCUGAUGCACCUGAACACACUGAGGCAGCAACGUCUCUUCACCGACGUCCUCCUCCACGCCGGGAGCCGCUCUUUCCCCUGCCACCGUGCCGUGCUGGCCGCCUGCAGCCGCUACUUCCAGGCUAUGUUCUCUGGAGGUCUCCGGGAGAGCCAGGCCAGCGAGGUUGACUUCAGGGACUCCAUCCACCCUGAGGUCCUGGAGCUGUUAUUAGACUACGUCUACUCCUCUCGCGUGGUCAUCAACGAGGAGAAUGCAGAGUCUCUGCUGGAGGCCGGGGACAUGCUGGAGUUCCAGGACAUCCGGGAUGCCUGUGCCGAGUUCCUGGAGAGGAACCUGCACCCGUCCAACUGCCUGGGCAUGCUGCUGCUGUCCGACGCCCACCAGUGCACCAAGCUGUCUGAGUUGUCCUGGGCCAUGUGCCUCAGCAACUUCCCCGCCAUCUGCAAGACAGAGGACUUCCUGCAGCUCCCCAAAGACAUGGUGGUGCAGCUCCUGUCCCACGAGGAGCUGGAGACAGAGGACGAGAGGCUGGUCUAUGAGGCCACCCUCAACUGGGUCAACUACGACCUGGAGAGGAGGCACUGUCACCUGCCGGAGCUGCUGCAGACCGUCCGCCUGGCACUGCUCCCCGCCAUCUUCCUCAUGGAGAACGUGUCCACAGAGGAGCUGAUCAACGCCCAGUUAAAGAGCAAGGAGCUGGUGGACGAGGCCAUCCACUGCAAACUGAAGAUCCUCCAGAACGACGGGGUGGUGAACAGCCCCUGCGCCCGGCCCAGGAAGACCAGCCACGCCCUGUUCCUCCUGGGAGGACAGACCUUCAUGUGUGACAAGCUGUACUUGGUGGACCAGAAGGCCAAGGAGAUCAUCCCCAAGGCGGACAUCCCCAGCCCCAGGAAGGAGUUCAGCGCCUGCGCCAUCGGCUGUAAUGUCUAUGUGACCGGCGGGAGGGGCUCAGAGAACGGUGUGUCCAAAGACGUGUGGGUCUAUGAUACUGUGCAUGAGGAGUGGUCCAAGGCAGCGCCCAUGCUCAUUGCCCGCUUCGGCCACGGGUCAGCCGAGCUGAAACACUGCUUGUACGUGGUUGGAGGACACACGGCCGGCACCGGCUGCCUCCCCGCCUCACCCUCGGUGUCCCUGAAACAGGUGGAGCAGUUCGACCCGGCGGCCAAUAAGUGGACCAUGGUGGCGCCGCUGAGGGAAGGUGUGAGCAACGCGGCGGUGGUCAGCGUCAAGCUGAAACUCUUCGCCUUCGGCGGAACCAGCGUCACCCAUGACAAACUUCCCAAGGUGCAGUGCUACGACCCGCAGGAGAAUUGCUGGAUGGUUCCCGCCUCCUGCCCGCAGCCCUGGCGCUACACUGCCGCCGCCGUCCUCGGCAAUCAGAUCUUUGUGAUGGGCGGGGACACAGAGUUCUCGGCGUGCUCGGCCUAUAAGUUCAGCAGCGAUACCUACCAGUGGACUAAAGUGGGAGACGUGACGGCUAAGAGGAUGAGCUGCCAGGCCGUAGCGUCAGGUAACAAACUGUAUGUGGUGGGGGGCUACUUUGGCACACAGCGGUGUAAGACUCUGGACUGUUAUGACCCGACGCUGGAUGCUUGGAACAGCAUCACUACCGUACCCUACUCCCUCAUCCCCACUGCCUUCGUCAGCACCUGGAAACAUCUUCCAGCCUGACCUGCAUGGCAUUCUGGGAUAACCCCACAUCUCCAUCCCAACCCCCCUCUCAUGAGAUUUCUCUGUUUUGCAUCAUCCACUGGAUUCCAGCUGUGAAGAUAGAAUCACACUCUAACUUCCUGUCUGUGCAAUAAAAAAAGACUUUCUAAUUUUCUUCAUGACAAAAACUGAACCAUUGUAUAAGUGUGAAAACACACGAUCCGCCCUAAUGCUACUGUGAGUUUACAGACGUUUAAAGAACCAUCAAUGCUCCUGAGAGGACCUUGUACACAGAAUGAUGUCAAUGAUGUCAUAUCGUUUCUGAGAGAGAGGUUUGGACGUUAUUCAUGCAAACAAACCCAACAACCUGCUGCUUGUACUGUAAGAUCCAACAACCUGCUGAUUGUCCUGUAAAAUCCAACAACCCCCUAAUCCCAGUGUACUAUCGGCAUACCGCGCCUGUGCGUCUCAGCCUUCCAUGAAAGACCCAUCAACAUAUCAGUCAGUCACACACUCACACAGCCUGGAUUUCUUUCCGUUCAAUCAUGAAAUGCUUGUACUACGGACUAUGUCUUUGCUCUUCUCACUCUGAUAAUUCUGUGAUAUGAAAUUUGAAAAAUGAAGAAGAAGAAACAUUCUCUGCACAGGGCCUUUAAUGUAAUAGCAUGAAGGAGCACCUGUUUGGACAUAGGAUACAUGAGAGAGGAGAGUGACCAGACUCCUCUUCAGCUUGAUUAUGAGCAGCUGAUCCAUAAACAGUUCUCUCCCUAGUGUAUCUGAGACUUUAGAGUCUUCUUGUUCCAGUUGUUCUGCCCUCGCCAAGGAAGAGGAGAGAGAAAGACAGAGAUUGACAACCUCCUCCCCUCCUCUUCCUGUCCCCAUCACCUAGUAGGCGUUUGGGGUUUAAAACGUUGUAAUGGGUGUUGGAAGUUCCUCUUUGGCAGUUUGCUAGUGAGACCUGGCUCUAGCUGUCACUACGUGUUGUGAGGACUUGAAGUUCCAGCUGAGUCUGAGAGGGGAGUUGGGGAGAGGGUGAAGGAGGGUCAUGUCCUGACAUGUCUACCGAUGUAAAGUUACCACCCCCUUUCGCCCUGCCUCCCCCAACGCCAUUCUUGCUGUAGGUCACUACACUGUCCUGACCCAAAAUAACAAUAAUCAAAGAAGAGAAGUGGACAAUGCAACAUAGAACUGAAGAAAAUGCUAAUUCAAGCUCAGUUGGACACUAAGGGCUCGAUUCAAUCUGUAGUGCUGAAUAUCACUAUUACAGCGUGAUUGAAAUUGAAAGGCAAUGUUUCCAUGUUCGCGGAGACUGCAUUCACGGUAAUAGCUGCAUAUGUCGGCUCAAUCAGAAAUUACCUUUAAAAUGUUAAGCUUCCUUUACGGAUUGCAUCCAGCCCUGAAGGGUUUGCUCUUGCACACUAUUUACUGUUUGUUCCGAAGUCAUUCCAAUGAGCAGUAUUGUUGGAUCACUGAUGGAUACAUUUUCUACUUUGCCUAGAAGAUUAUUCUGAAGUCUUCAGAGCAUGUACCAUGGAUAUGGGGACUCAAGUAUGAUUGGCAUGAUGAACUUCUCUGGCCAAGUGCAUCUUGUUAACUUCCGAACCAAAACUGAAACGUAAUACAUUCAUGUCUUAUCUUGCUCUAGUGUAUCAUGUUUCAUAAGUCUUAAUUUAUACAAAAAUUACUUUACUUUAUUUAUUGUUUCUCUGCCUGCAUUCAUUUCCAGGUAAAUUAAUGUAGAACUUUUUAAGGGUAAAUCAUGCAUGACCCUUGUUAUAGAUGCUCUAUUUUAUUGUUUAUCCUUUGGUCUGCUUUUUUUGCACAGUUCAGUUUCUCCCAAAGUGCAACCUGUUCCAACCAUAUGGUCAGUGAGGUGAACAGGUCCUAGGUCUGGGGUUAGGAGUCAGUAUACGGAUGGACACUUAGAUUACCUAGAGUGUAAGUGGCCAGUGGGUGGGAAUGUGUUUGUUUUAGAGGUGGACUCUGGGUAGAGUAACAUCUCACAUUUAAAUGUGGACUGCUAUGAGGCAUAUCUGCUUUAUUUUAAGUCCCACACUCAAAUAUUCAAUAUUCUGACUUGAGACGAGCGUAUGUAGCUCAGACUUCUGUGUACAUCAUUUAUCAAUGUCAACGGGAGACUUGCAUGAAAAAUACAAGCUAAGCAUGUAGAUCUCAAGUCAGAAUACUGACAUUUUACUGUAGUGUGAGUGUGAAGAUAAGGAGGAGGAUGUGUAGUUAACUGAAUCCUGUAAAUGUAAAGGGCAGUCAGACACCGCAGUGCUCUUCACCAUAUGGGCACUGAUGUAUGGGAGGGAAUAUGACAGGGGAGAGUUCCAAAGACCAAAGAGAAUGUCUUAAAUACUUGCAUCCACAGUUUUGUACCAGUAGUUGAUUUCUGGAUGUUUUUGUCUGUUUGUCUGUCUGGGUGGCCAAAAUAUUGACAUGUACAGUUUAGCAUGAUGAAAUCAUUGUCAAGGUCAACAUAAAAGCUAACAGUUGUAUAGAUUUUCCCAGGCAGGAUGUGUUCUGGGUGGAUUCAGUGAAUGGCCUCAAUCCCUUGUAUUCCACAUUCCUUUUUGAUUAUUUGAGCCACCCAAACAUCCCAGCCCUCCUCACAGCCCAACUUCCACCUCCCAGCCCUCCUCACAGCCCAACUUCCACCUCCCAGCCCAACUUCCACCUCCCAGCCCACCUCCCAACCCUCCUCACAGCCCAACUUCCACCUCCCAGCCCUCCUCACAGCCCAACUUCCACCUCCCAGCCCACCUCCCAACCUUCCUCCCACCUCCCAGCCUACCUCCCAGCCAAACUCCCACCUCCCAGCCAAACUCCCAGCCCACGUCCCAGCUCCCAGCCCAGCUACCAGCCCAGCUCCCAGCCCAACUCCCACCUACCAGUCCACGUCCCAGCCCAACUCCCAGCUACCAGUCCACGUCCCAGCCCUCCUCCCAGCCCAACUCCCACCUCCCAGCCCAACUCCCAGCCCAACUCCCACCUCCCAGCCCAACUCCUAGGGCUACAAAAGCACAAACUGUUUAAGGAAUUCUGUGGAGAACUCAUUGGCGCCUUGAUGUCGACCCCCUAACCAACCAACCCACAGAACACUGCACCUUUCUCCUCACCAAUCAGAUAAGAGGGUUCCUUUUAAAACAUAAGUUACCCUGGCAACAGUCAACAGUGAGUGCCCCUCCAAUUUACAAGUGAUUGUUCAGUGUCAUAUUUUCCCUCUCAUUUCCCUUUUUGCCCCCUCUCUCUUCCCGCCUUAGUGAUUCACCCCGCUUACGUGUAGUGUGUUCUGACUGGCUUGCUGUAGGCAUUCACCAAAAUGAUGGAAACUUCUUUAUAAACACUUUUAAUGUGCAUUUGCUUUCAUUUUUUCUGUCAUGUUUAAAUAUUUUAUAACAUUGUUUGUACAUGUGACCGAUUUUUUUUCACAGUGAAAUUCAUGGCAAAAUAAAUGAGUUUUUCCUCUCUACUGUAA